CGGUACGUCACGUUGGAGUCGCCAAGACUGGAGCCCAGCUCUGAUGGCGGAGUCACGUACUGAUGGUACUUAUGUGAUGGUGCUGACAGAGGAGAGCUCACCUCGCGUAUCCACAGGAGAUAAUGAGCUCUCCGCGCCUUUGCUGACCAAAGAUGUCGGAAGCGUUUCAGCGCUUGCUCUUACGAUGAAUCUGGUGAAUGCAAGCCUUGGCUCUGGUGCACUGAGUUUGCCCUGGGCUGCAGCUGGAGCUUCGAUGCUUGCAGGUGUAGGCAUUACUCUUCUGGUUCUGGUGCUGAAUGCACUCAGUAAUAUCAUCCUCGUUGUCGCUGCAGAGCGACUUCAAGUCUUUGAUUUAGGUGGUGUGCUGGGGCAUUUGCCUGGACCGUGGGGACGAUCUUUGCGGCUGUUCUUUGAUGCGAGCAUUUGGUUCUCCGUGGGUUUGACGUUGGUGGGUUAUUUGGUGGUGGUGGCGGAUGCUUUGGAAUCCUGGCAUUUGCCAAAGACCUAUGGCCUGGCCUUGGGUGCUGCUGUGGCCUUGCCACUCUCGUUUCUGGAACCCAAGUACUUGGCCUUUAGCUCAAGUCUCAGUGUGGGAGCCAAUGUCUACUUGGUUGGUUUGAUUGCGGUGCUCUUCUCCUACAAGAGAGAAGAGCCGCCCGUGGAGUUUUGCCUGGUCGGCUAUGGACCCGGUUUGAUCACCAUGUGCAGUGCAUUGAUGCAAUCCCUAAUCUUUCAGAUGUGCACGCUCCCGAUGUAUGAGACAUUGAAAGAUCGGAGUGUCAAGCGCUUCAGCGCUUGUUUGCUGUCGAGCUUUGUCUUCGUUUUCCUGCUCUUUGCCGCACUCUGCUUCAUGUCUCUGAGCCUCUACGGCUCAAACGUCUCCUCCAACAUCCUGCAAAAUUUGCCGCAGACUCCUUGGGGCAACUUUGGACGCAUUGCAAUGGGUCUCUCCGUGCUUGCAGUGUAUCCGAUUUACUUGGAAUCUAUGGUGGCACCUCUGAGGCAUGCAGAGGCACGGGCCCUGCGACACCACAAGCCUCUGCAGCUGCCAUCCCCAGCGAGUUCCACCGGCUUCGAUGAGUGUGAUGCCAGCAGAGAGCCUUCGUGCAAUUCUUUGCCUUUACGACGUCUGUCGUCGGCACAUUUGGAACGCAUUAAAAUGCGUGUUCUUGGUUUCCGCCUCUGGACGCCCUUGCGGCCCUCACAAUUGGCUGUUCCACUUGUGGUUGGUGCAAGUGCUCUUGGAGGUACUGUGGCUCCUCACCUGGGUGCCUGCAACAUCAUGAAUGGUGCGAGUCAGGUCGCGGCCAUGGUGGGCUGGGCCCCUGGCUUCACCGGGCUGUUUCUGCUGGAUCGACCUAGCGCUCAGCUGGGCUUGUGCUGGCGAGGCCUAAUGUUGCUUCUGAUAGUUUUUUCGACCUUGAUGUCAGUCCUUGGAUUGCUCUACACUGACAACUUCAUCAAAGAGCUGCAUUGCAUGUAUUUUAUCCAAGCCUAGGCUGCCGUCAGUCGACAGUUUAGCCAUUGUGGCAAAGACCACUGCUUUCCUUGUGCCAUCACUUGAUGAGACUGGGUUGUUGUUUCGAUGGCUCCCUUGUUUCUU